GCAGAAAGAACCCGGAUGACCACUACAUAUACAGGAACCAGGCCCUUGUUAGCUCUCUUUUCUUGAACGCAAGCUAACCACGUUGUUGGCGGCUUUUCCUGGCUCACCGCUGUUCGCUUGAAUUUCUUCCGAAUAAGUCGGUCAGGAAUUAUCACAAUGGCUUUCAAGGACUCUGGGAAGGCACCCGGUGAGACUGAGGUGGCAAUUCACCGCAUCCGCAUUACCCUCACCAGCCGUAAUGUCAAGUCUCUGGAGAAAGUCUGUGCCGACUUGAUCCGCGGUGCAAAGGAGAAGAACCUGAAGGUGAAGGGACCGGUCCGGAUGCCAACCAAGACCCUGCGCAUCACCACCAGAAAGACCCCCUGCGGCGAAGGCUCCAAAACCUGGGAUCGCUUCCAGAUGCGGAUCCACAAACGCCUGAUUGAUCUGCACAGCCCGUCUGAAAUUGUCAAGCAGAUCACCUCCAUCAGCAUCGAGCCGGGUGUAGAGGUCGAAGUUACCAUUGCUGAUGCGUAAAUAAGCACUGAUGCAAUAAAGAAUGCUAAAGGAAAUGA